AUGUAUCUAUGUCAGUCUGUUCAUUAUCUAUCUAUCUAUCUAUCUAUCUAUCUAUCUAAUCUCAGUCUGUUUAAAUCUAUUUCGAUCAGCUCAGAUCUAUUAAUACAUUUAUUUAUAUGUAUGUAUGUAUACAUCUAUCCUCGUCUAUCUAUCUAUCUAUCUAUCUAUCUAUCUAUCUAUCUAUCUAUCUAUCUAUCUAUCUCAGUCUGUUCACUAUCUAUCUAUUUAUCUAUCUAUCUAAUCUCACAUCUAUCUAUCUAUCUAUCUAUCUAUCUAUCUAUCUAUCUGUUUAAUAUCUACUUCAUUUUCCUGAAUUUCCUUACACCUUCCUCCAUUUUCAGUCUUCCCUUUUCCUUACAUUUACUCUCACGUUUAAUCAUGGUUUUAGUUAUUUAUUUUCUCUCUCUCCAUCUCUCUCUCUCUCCCUCUCUCUCUCUCUCUCUCUCUAUAUAUAUAUAUAUAUAUAUAUAUAUCCCAGUCUGUUCAUAUCUAUCUAUCUAUCUAUCUAUCUAUCUAUCUAUCACAAUCUUGUUAUCUAUCUAUCUAUCUAUCUAUCUAUCUAUCUAUCUAUCUAUGCCAUUCUAUUCAUAUCUAUCUAUCUAUCUAAUCUCAGUCUGUUCAAAUGUAUCUAUUUCGAUCAGUUCAGAUCUAUUAAUACGUUUAUUUAUAUCUAUGUAUGCAUGCAACUAUCCUCGUCUCUUAUCUAUCUAUCUAUCUAUCUAUCUAUCUAAUCUCAGUCUGUUUAAAUCUAUUUCGAUCAGUUCAGAUCUAUUAAUAAAUUUAUUUUUAUGUAUGUAUGUAUGCAUAUAUCCUCGUCUCUUAUCUAUCUAUCUAUCUAUCUAUCUAUCUAUCUAUCUAUCUAUCUAUCUAAACAUAGUGUUCUCAUGUGUCAAGUGUUUGUUGACUUAA